AUGACAAAAUCCUGUACUCUUUGCUCCACACCCCGAGACAUACUAAUCCGCUGCCAAAUCGACGACACCCAAAAAUGGCAUUUUGUCUGCCCAGGCUCGUGUUGGAAGUCUGUUUCUGGAGGCGUGGAAGAUGCCAAAGGGUUUGAGGGCAAGUACCCACAUUACAAGUAUGGUGGUAUGUGGAAAGACAGAAGUGCAGAUGGACCAAUCAGUGCAAAGAAACCGAGAAAAGUAAAGGAGAGACAAAAGGAAGAGAUGAAGAAGAGAGAGGAAGGAAAGGCUGAGAGUCAAGAAGAGGGGUCUGUUAAGGAAGACAGCGAGUAG